GGCGAUUCUCCAUGAUUGAUCGACGGCGAUAGAAACUGCGAGCAGCAACUUCGAAUCGAGCUUUAUGAUUCUCCAUAAUUGAUCGACGUGUGUGCGAGUUGGAUUCGGUUUUUGUAGAGAGAAACUGCGAGCAGCCGCUGAGAAACAGGGGACGGCGAAUCUUUUCUGAUUCUCCAUAAUUGAUCGACGACGAGUAUUCUGGUGAGAUGAGUUACGUAAAUUGUGGCGAUGUUGUUCCAAUUGAUAGAUCUGGUUCUUCAACCACCGUUGUAGGAUCUGGUUCUUCAUCUAGUGCUGUUGGAACUGCUUCUUCAUCUAUCGAUCUUGGAUUUGAUCAUUCAGCUAACUCUGGUGAAUCAGGAGGU